GGCAAAUGUCUAGAGUAGCAUGUCUGGCUAGCUGCAAAUGUUCUACGGAGAUUUUUACGGUACUCGCCUGCAUUUUGCGCAGUUUUCACGUUGUUGGUUGUGAGUUCAAGGACCUGAUCGUUCAAAUUAUUUUGCUCUUUUCUUACAAAUUCUGAAGCUUUUAUAGUUAGUGAAAGGCAUUUCUUUGUCGCCUUAUACGAAAUUUGAAGACUGGACUGUGGAUGUUGUCUACGCCAUUUACUGGCUUUGUGCGAGAUUGUUGUAUUGUUUCUUCCUUCCGGCUCUAACUGCGACGGCAGCGGGCGUAUUGGAUUGGUGACGUUGAAUUUGUUCAGCUUGUUCCGUUCCGGAGAUUUGUUUACGACACAUCCUUGGACCGGCUUAUCGUGCAUUGAGUCAGCGCUUGCCGUUCGACGAAGUGUUUCAUAAAUUUAUUACAUACGACACGGUGGUUGCUGGUGGAAAUCCACGAUGCCGCAAGCCGGAACUCUAACGCCGCCCACCGAGAACACACCCUCCUCGUUGCGCCAGGUAGCCACGGCGCCGAAUCUCCGUUUGGGUAUUAAUCGUUACGCGAACCUCGAUGCUGAUUCCCCGGUGAUUUCCGUAUCUCCCCCUCCCCAUCAGAAUCCGUUUCCCAUGAAGUUUUAUCCGCUUCCGAGUAAAUACGGACAGUUGAGCGCCUUCAGCCUGUCAACAUCGCCAACGAAGAACAUGGAUCUCCUGCAUAGCGACAAUAAACCAUCAUUUACCGUCGGGCACGAUCACGAUGAUUCACAAGAUGACUAUUCGGGCUCAUUCUCGAAACUGAGCAUCCCCAGCACGGUCAUCCACACCUGUGAUUCCCCCUCGGCCACGCCCAGGGACACACCGGCCGGAUCACCCUCGCUGUUGCGCCGGGUGUUAACUUCGGAUCCCAUACAGCAGAAUGAAUCGAAGAGUACCGGCUUCUUUGGCUGGCUAACACGGCCGUCGUCGCGGCAGAGCCAAGUCGCGGAGGAGGCCACAUUUUUCCAUCAGAAGGAGGACAUGAAGAGUCUACAAGGACUAACAAAGGCGCGCUUGCUGACGAAGCCGCGGCCGAAAAUGCCUGUCUCCAUGUCGGAUAUCAAUGUCCUCACUCCAUCGGAAUAUUGAGCAACAGGGCUGAAUGGGUGGUUUUUUAUUUCCGUUUGCUUUCCGUGUUCUGAUAUUAUGAUUAACAGAAGAGAAUUUUAUGCUUUUUGGGUUUUUGCCUAUGUAGUGUGGUGUUUUAAUUGUGGCAGAUGAUUUCGCGCGUCGGUUAUGUUGCUGCUGAGGAGUAAUCUCAGUGCUCUCUCCGUGUCUCUCAGCUGUUUUAAUUUAUUUUUCUGAUUUCCAGCCGGUCGCUGUAAAGCACUGUUACUAUUAGAUUCACAGCGCGCGGUUGGAAUGUUGUGCUGUAUGAUUUGAGCUUAAUUUUUCCCUGGCUUUUUGCGUCAUAAAUGCGCUCUAAUUAAAUACAAAUUGCUGAAAACACUUAUUCGCGUUCUUGACUUCAGAAAUGCAGCGUAAAAAAUUCAAAUAUAAAAAUUAAAUUCAUCGGAAAAUAAAAA